AUGUCUACCGCGUACAAAAAUAACCCGGCUGUGGCGAACUUCAUUGAAUAUUUGAAGAUUCCAUCCGUCCAACCGAACAUUAAUUACCAUGAAUGUGUCAAUUUCCUCAAAAGGCAGGCCAAUGAAAUUGGAUUGUCGUUUCAAAUUUACGAGGUGGUUCCGCAGAAGCCCAUCGUUGUAAUGACAUGGGUGGGACAGGAUGCAAGUUUACCGUCCGUACUGCUUAAUUCUCAUAUGGAUGUCGUGCCGGUGUUCGAGAAUAGUUGGACCUAUCCACCGUUCAGCGGGCAUAUAGACGAAGAUGGAAAAAUUUUCGCUCGGGGCUCGCAGGACAUGAAGUGCGUCGGCAUACAGUAUCUUGAAGCGAUAAGGAAAAUCAAAGCAGCUGGUAUUAAACUCAAGAGGACAUUGCACAUUUCUUUCGUGCCAGACGAAGAGAUUGGUGGCCAUGACGGGAUGGAGAAGUUCGUUUUAACCGAUGAAUUUAAGGCGCUGAACAUCGGAUUUGCGCUGGACGAAGGGAUGGCCAACCCCACUGACGAAUUCAUAAUAUUCAACGGGGAGAGGAGCAUUUGGCAAAUACACGUUCAUUGCACCGGUCAGCCAGGGCACGGCUCUUUGUUGCUACCCAAUACAGCAGGAGAAAAGCUGCGAUAUAUCAUCGACAAAUUCAUGGAUAUGAGGGAAGAACAAAAGAAAAUAUUACAAAGCGAUGAAAAAUUGACCAUCGGCGACGUUACGACAAUAAAUUUGACGCAAAUUUCGGGAGGAGUGCAAUCCAAUGUCGUGCCUGAAAAGCUAACAGUAGUAUUCGACGUGCGACUAGCUGUUACUGUCGAUCACGAAGAGUUCGAAAAUAAGAUUAUACGAUGGUGCAAGGAGGCAGGAGAGGGUGUCACUUAUGAGUUUGAACAAAAGAAUCCGAACGUAGAAUGCACAAAAACGGACGAUUCCAAUCCGUACUGGAUAGCAUUUAAGGGGGCCUGCGACGAAAUGGACCUGAAGCUGGAUUGCAGGAUAUUCCCCGGUGGCACGGAUAGCAGAUACGUGCGCCGCGCUGGCAUUCCCGCCAUUGGAUUCUCGCCAAUGAACAACACACCCGUUCUCCUACAUGACCACGACGAGUUCCUAAAGGCCGAGGUGUAUUUAAGGGGUAUACAGAUAUAUGAGAAGAUAAUUCCCGCUGUUGCCAAUGUU